UAGAGAAGUAAAGAAGGGUGAAGCGUCGAGUUUCUCAGCAGCGAACAACAAAACGGUAAAGGUCCCCCAGGAGCAGCUCCUACCCUCCUCCUCCUCCUUCUGCUCCUCCUCUUCUCCUCACUACGAUGCCUCGGAGCAGCUUCCCUCACUGACACUGACCGAGAACUUGUUACUUUCCCGAACGCAGACGCGAUGAUGAUGAACUCGGACGGCCUGCGGCCGGUGCCCAACUCCGGGCGCAAAGCGCUGGGCAAACUGGCCACCCGGCUGGAGGAGGUGAAGAACCCCUGGAGGCAGGUUUCUGCCCUGGAGCUGAGCCACAACGAGGCGGCCAGACUGGCCACGGACGCCCUGCUGGAGGCCGGCGAGAAGGAGUACCGGCGCGUGCUGGCGGAGGAGAGGGAGCUGAACUUUCUGUCGUCGCUGGAGAUUCGCUACAUCACCGAGAGCGCGGCCAAAAGCGCCCGGCCUGAAAACGGGUGCAACGGAGCCGAGCGGGACUGCGGGGAGGGCGACGCCGUGUCCGAGCUCACCUCCGGGACUUACUUCCCCAUGAUGUCCGACGAAGAGCCGCCGCUGCUGGAGCUCGGCUGGCCGGAGGUGCCCAACCGCUACGGCCCCUCAGAGACGCAGAUAUACUUCCAGAGAGACAAAACCCAAAACCUGAAAGAUCUGAUUCGAUCACUUAUCAAUAAGGCUAAGAAGGUUAUCGCCCUGGUCAUGGACGUAUUCACAGAUGUGGACUUGUUCUGUGACUUAAUUGAGGCCUCCAACAAGCGCAGGGUUCCAGUGUACAUUCUACUGGAUGAGAAGAAUCUCAGCUAUUUCGUUGACAUGUGCACAGCACUGGACAUCCAGAACUCACACCUGAAUAAUAUGCGGAUACGAAGUGUAUGUGGAGAUACUUACUGCACCAAAAGUGGAAAGAAAUUUACUGGCCAAGUUCAGGAGAAAUUCAUGAUCAUCGACUGUGAGGAGGUCAUAGCUGGAUCAUACAGUUUUACCUGGCUGUCCGCUCAGGUGCACAGCAACAUGAUUUUGCACUUCUCUGGCCGCAUCGCCGACAGCUUUGACCGGGAAUUCCGUUGCCUCUACGCCGACUCCCAGAUCAUUGAUUGCUUCCAUAACCCUGAUGAGGAGGGCCUUCCCUAUUACUCUUACAGCAUGCAGAUGCCCACUAUGGACUUCUUCCCAGACAGAGGGAGCAGGGAAAGGGACAGGGAAAGGGUGUGCUCCGAGAACUCCAGCAGCCAGUCCAGCAACAGCGUGUCCAGCAUCAAAGCUGCUCCAGGCAUGACGCCUCAAGUCUACAAGGUGACCCAGGACAAGAAGGACACAAGCGUGCUGAAGAGUCCAGAGAGGAGAGGGGUUGUAAGUCCGGGGCUUCAAGGAAACCAUGUUGGCAGGAGAUCGCCCAACGACACCCUGCAGAGUCCUCCAACGGAACGUCCAGCGUCGAGCGGUCUUUCGUCGGGGGUGGAAUGGGCCAAAGCAGGAACGCCAGAGUUCCUCAGGGCAAACCUCGCUGGACCAACAUCCAAAUUCCAAGCUAUGGGUCUCUAUGACCACAAGAACUUCUUCCACAAAGCUCCUCCGAUUCCUCAGCCGCCCGUGGAAAACAAACACCCCCCCAAAGUGCGCAGUCCCACGAAUCCCCUUUUCAAUAAAUUUGCAGACAUGUUCUUGUCAUCCACCAAAGACAAGGACUCUCACAUUUUCCAGAGGUCUCCUCCCCACAGUACAGCCUACGGUGGUCCAGAUCUCUCGCAGAACGAGCCAGAGAGCAUGCAGGGUCCCCCUCCACCGGGACCUUUGCCAAAGGACCGAACGGGUCAGGACACUUGGAUCAACCGCAGGGACGAGAAACGCAUGACCCUGGGACACAGCAAACUGGACCUGGUUAAUCACUACAACAAGAUGAAGUCGAAGCAGGUGUACAGCCGCUUUGAACUGAAGAACAACAAUUGACCUCGAUAACGUGAAAGACGUUACUGCAUUGACGUUCGCUUUUUCUUUCCACACCUUUAGCGGUAUGGCGUCUUUUUGUUUCUGUGAAUGGACCGAAGUUGUGGUGGAAUGUGUUUUUUGUGCCUUUUGUUUUCUAACAGACAAUAAAGAAUAGAAAAGAACAAGGCGACCUGCAAACCUUGACAUGUUGCAGAAAA